GCGGUCACAUGACCCAGUGAGACGUUGACAUGAGCACACAGAUAGCGGAGGUCCAACUGGCAACAAGAUUUUGUCUUUUGUCCCUCCACCCCCUACCCCACCACCACCACCACUAACACCAAAUAGGGGGCUAGGGCACACUCCUUCGAUGGCUGAAUUCCUGCGAGGAUACACGUCAAACCACAACGCUGGGAGCUUACCAGUCUGACAGAGCUUCCAGUAGGUCAACAUAGAUCGACUCUUGACCAGUCGAUCUAGUCUCUCCUGGCUCUCCUAUAAGGUUUGCAUAUGAAAUGGUAGGCGAGGGAUCGGUCGAGCAUGAGGCGGCGUGUUCCUCUUUGAGGGUUACAGACAGACAGCGAGAGGGUUGGAGAAGUCGACGACGGGAAGACGGAGCUCCAGUGAGAGGGUUGGGAGACCAGUUCUACAAGGACGCCAUCGAGCAGUGCCGCAGCUACAACGCCCGCCUGUGUGCCGAGCGCAGCGUGCGCCUGCCCUUCCUGGACUCCCAGACGGGAGUGGCGCAGAACAACUGCUACAUAUGGAUGGAGCGGCAUCAGCGCAGCCCCGGUGUGGCGGCCGGCCAGAUGUAUACCUACCCCGCCCGCUGCUGGAGGAAGAAGAGACGGCUCCACACGGCCACAGACCCCCGCCUCGGCCUCUACGGCCUCCAGCUCGAUGGCAGUCUCAUGUCUAAGGACUCGCUGCCCACGCAGAGCACCACCCUGGAGGCCCUGCUGCGCGGAGAGGGUCUGGACAAGAGGAACAACUCCAAAAACGACGAGGAGAGCUUGCUGGAAAUUCAGAGGGUUCUGGAGGCGGACGCAGCGGAGGACGUCUUCAACGACGACGACGACUACGAGGUCGACACGCCCAAGAGGAGACACAGAGGCAAAGGAAGGGGCCGGGGCUCGGGCCGACGGAGGACGGACGUGGACGACCAGGACAAGCCGUACGUCUGUGACAUCUGCGGGAAGCGCUACAGGAACCGGACGGGGCUCAGCUACCACUACACCCAUUCCCACCUGGCCCACGAGCAGCAGCGGCCCGGGGACAGCACCGCCACCGCCGCCACCACCCGAUCCCCCUCCACAGCGCGUUCAGACAGGCACAAACGUCUGAAGGGUCCAGUCCCAGCUGGCAUUCCCAAUAACUACUGCAAUAAGUGCAAGGGCUCCGUCAGGAAAACGGGUAAAUCCGGGUCGGCCUGCUCCGCCUGCCACCGCAAAACUGACCGCGGGGAGGCGCCGGGAGCGGGCGGGGCAGCGGCCGGGGCGGAGGAGCUGUUUGGCACCACCUCGGAGAGCGACGCUUCCACCUUCCACGGGUUCGAGGACGACGACCUGGAGGAGACCGCCGCCGCCACCGCCGCCGUCGCCGUCGCUAACGGCAACGCAAUAUCCACCCGCUACAGAUAGAGACAAGCUUUUCCCCACACAAACAGAGACCUUUUUUUUAAAGAAAGUAUAUGUAUCUAUCUAUAUGUAUCUCCACGGAUAUAUAUGUAGAUAUAUAUAUGGAUGUCCUCUGGCAAAUUCUGCUGCUUCUUUUUCAAUGUUUUUUUUAUGUUUUGUUUGUUUGCAGAAAGCACAAAGUGGUGAUUUCAGGACGUUAUUUUAUCUACUGAACAAUGUUGAAUAAUUUAUGAACUCUUCCUUUUUUUUCUAAUAUAUAUUAACUCUGAAAGGCGAUGAUCUGCUCUCGGGCCGUUUGUCGGGCGAAGUUGCGAAUUCUAAAUCUAGAUCUUUGGAGAUCUUUUUUUUUCUCCACUGGAGCAGAAGGAGCAAAGUACGACGAGAUGAACAAAAAGACAAGAAAACAAAUCUAUUAAAAAAAAAAAAACACUGGAACAUUAGAAUAGAAAUCUGCUUCUCCAUUCUGGAUCGAGAAUCCAGAUAUACAAAGGACUUCGAUGUUAUCCGAAACCUGACAUGGACAGACAUCAUGACGGAUGAACAGCAGUCCCAAGGAACCCUUUCUCUCCAGCUCUGAGAUUGUACUGUAAAAAAACAACAAAA